CACGGACCUGGGGGGGUAGUGGGGAAGGGGAGAACUUUCACCGGGAACGAUCAAAAGAGACGACGAGCGGAGAGAAAGUGUCAACAGCGAGGAGAGGAAUGCUCGCGGCGGGGCUGCCGCCCGACGUGGCGGCGCUUCUGCCGCGCGGCGCCGAGAGCCUGGCGCUGAGCUUCUGCCCCAGCGAGGUUCCCGCCGCGGUGGUUGCGCUCCUGAGGGAAGCCGUGGAGGCGCAGCGAGGAGACACGGCGCGGGGCCCUGUCAAUGUGUUUCCUGCGCCAGAAUUGUCAAAGGCAGCUCUGGACGUGGCGUGGGAGGGCCUCAACUCUGCGUGCUGGCGCGACGUGAGUGUGGAGUGGCGACGUUACUAUGCACUGAGCGCCCUCGUAGCGGCUCUGUGUGAGAUCAAGGCUGGGAAAGAAGAGAACCUCAGGGAGGCUGUGCGGUUUUGUGACCUUGGUCUGAUCAUGGGAGCGGCGAUUCUCGAUAACAUCCUCAUGCGACUGGUUGCUGUGCUGCAAAAACGUCUCACUGGACUGAAGAGGUCCCAUGACCAGUUAGACGAUGUGCCAUGUGACCUCAAGCGCCCUGAUGCAAAGGUGUGCCGCCUCUCCCCUGAGCGGGCUGUGCCGCAGCUCGUGCGCCCAUCCAUUGACACAUUCCGUCGACUGCACUUGCUGCCCGCUCAGCCCGUACUUCUGCAGGACACAGUCUCCCACUGGCCUGCCCUCACCAAGUGGAGCUUGGGUUACCUAGUGCGCAUGGCCGGUUGCCGAACUGUUCCAGUGGAGCUUGGCUCACGCUACACGGACGCUCACUGGACUCAGACUCUCAUGACGCUGCAGGAGUUUGUGGAGAAGUACAUCAUUAAUGCGGAGUCCCAAGCAACAGUGGGUUACCUGGCUCAACAUGAACUGUUUGAUCAGAUCCCAGAUCUUAGGAAUGAUAUUGUUAUUCCGGACUACUGCUGCGUGUCAGAACGAGAGGGAGGAGAGGACGAAGAGGAGGGAAGCGAAGAGGUCGUGAUCAAUGCAUGGUUCGGCCCUGGCGGCACGGAAAGCCCUUUACACCAUGACCCGCAGCACAACAUUCUGGUGCAGGUAUUUGGACAGAAGUAUGUGCGCCUUUACUCUCCAGAACACACUGACAAGCUGUACCCUCAUCCAUCACACCUGCUGAACAAUACCAGUCAGGUGGACGUGCUUAGGCCCAACACGUGUCAGUUUCCCCGCUUCACCGAGGCCCCGUUCCAGGAGGUGGUGCUGUCCCCCGGAGAUGCACUCUUCAUUCCUCGCAAGCACUGGCACUAUGUAAAUUCACUCAGCCACAGCUUCUCUGUGUCCUUCUGGUGGUCUUGAUCACACACAAAUACAAGAGCAUGGACGGGCUACAUCUAGCUUCAUAGGCUGGCAGAGACGGUGCUGUUCACGGCAAAUACACGGGCCAGAAUGCUAAAAGAUUGGGUUUGUUGCACCACUCCCACACCAUGGGUACUUCAUCCCUGUGCUCACUGCACCAGGUACUCGUUUAUUCAUUUAUAAAGCACCUUGAAUCAAAGAUCUCAGCACUGUACAAGACAAAGCAGAUACCACACAUGAUAGUAACUUAUGAAUUGUAAAAGAAAUA